GAGGGACGAUCGAAAGGAAGGGAGACAGACGCAGCAGCGAGAUCGACGUAAGAACGUAGGAAGGAACGAGAGGCUCCCGUGUCGUUCGCGCUUGCAUUGCUUUUCGAAGCUCGCGCGCGAACGGUCCGCUCUGUCGCGCGCGUACUAUACGUGCGCGCCGAUCGAUAAACACACGUGAAAAUAAUUCCAGUCCAGUCUCUCCUCCAGAGUCGGAUCCUGAUUGAUCGCGCGCUUUCGACCCGGCGCAAGUCGACAGGGAUCGCGUUGUUAUCGCGGGGGGGGGAGGAAGGAAAAAAGCAGCACGAGAGAGAUUCAUUCUUCGCCGGUUCGAAUUCGGUUUCCGCGGCGCGGUGCUGUGCUGCGAAUCAAAUCACGCGGAACACGGCGGCGCUUGGAUCGACGGAAGGUCUCGUUGGAGAUCUCUAUCGUGCUAUCCUGUCAAGAAUUUCGAAGAAUAAUUGCACCCGUUUGAGGUCAAGGAGAAUAACGGAGAGAAAGGUAGAGUGUGGAAGUAUAAAGUGCGCGAGGAAAGAAGCGGAAGGAUCUGCCACCAGGGGUCACGAGGAAAGAUGUGGUGGAGAUUAAGGUUUUGGAUUUACGCGCUGGUGGUAGCGAUAUCAUUGGCGCAAGUAAGGAGGGUCGUGGCCUGUUCUUGCAUGAAUAGUCAUCCUCAGACGCUGUUUUGCAAUUCAGAUUUCGUCAUUCUUGUAAGAGUGAAGAAGAUGACGAACGUGAACGAAUUCGAAACUGCGUACAACGUGAAAGUGAAUAAAUUCUUCAAGGCGAACAAGACAACGUAUCCCGCGCUGAGGAAAAAUAUUUUAUGGACCGCGUCCUCGGACUCGAUGUGCGGAGCGCAGCUUAAACUUGGAGAAACGUACGUUGUGAGCGGGCGCGUGAUUUACGGUGAUAAGGCGCAUAUAUCAUCGUGUGGAAUAGCGAUGCCUUGGCGUUUUGUGACGAGCAGACAGCGGAAGGGCUUCAGGCAUUUAUAUCAUUCCAGUUGUAUGUGCAAAGUUCGUUACACACCUUGGUGGAUCAAAGGUAUAACUUUGGAGAACACGGACGGGACGGAAUGCCUGUGGGAGAGCAGGCCAGGCCCCGAGGAGUGUCAAAAAGAUUUCGGCAUCUGCAUGUACAGAGAAUCUGGAUGCUAUUGGACACCCUCGGUGCCUUACAAAAACUGCAUCAAGAAGUAUCAGCUGGAACGCGAGCAGAAAAGAGCGCGGGAACCUUAAUAUAUUCUUCCGUUUCGAUUCAAUACGAAAAGUUCUAUGGUUGAAUGAAAGAUUGAUUGAUCACGAUGGCGAAAGGGGGAGAGAGAGAGAGGGAGAGAAAGAGAGAGAGAAAGAUCGACAGUUGUUCGUGCACGUGACACGUUUCGAUUUACGAUCUAUUUGUAAAAUUUCUCGAGAUUCCUGGAAGAAUUUUUGAUAGCGUAGAGAGAGAUAGACAUAGAGAGAGAAAGAGAGAGAGAGAAUCAACACACAGCAAAAUGGUCAGUGUGCGUGGUAAAUUAAAUUAAUGCUAAUUCUUCUAUAUAUUUAUUUAACUCGAUUAAUCGACGGCAACGAUCGAAGAAACAUUUGUAACAAUCGAAGAAUUGAGAAGUGUUCGAUCAAUGAAAGUUCACGUUUCGAGUGAAAAUUAUAAAUAUUUUAUAUUCUUUUUACUCUUUAAACUUUCGAUUUAAACUCGAUAUUAUUCAGUAAUAAUAUUAGUAAUGGUUUUAAUUUUAAUUUGCCAAUUGAAAGUACAAAGAGUAUAAAGAGAUUAUUGAAUAACAAUUUGUAUUUAUCAAAUCAAAAUGCUUCCAAUCAAUUUCUUUCGAUCGAGCAACACGAAAACUUUGCAAGUCAAAUUGUAUCGAUUCGUCGAAGACGUUGGCAUUAAUUUCUCAAUAACGUGGCGUUUUUUUUUUUUUUUCAUUUCAGCGUCGCGCCAUGCUCUAUUUAUUGUUGCGUUCUAUCAGAAGUAUUAAUUAUAAUCCGGAGUUGUGGACGAGUUGUGUGGACGAGUACAAAAAGAAAAAAAAAAAAAAAAAGAAAAAAAGAAAGGAAAAAAAAUCGUUCGUUAAUUAAACACGAAGCAACGGAAUGAUUGAUAAUAAUUAUACGCAGCCAACCCGGAAGCUGUUGUUCAAGGGCGCUACGUGAAUCGUACUGACUCUUGAGACUGCUUGCAUUUUCAUGAGAAUUUUUACUUCGUUACUACGUUUCGAGGUUUGUUGCAUCGCAUUUUGUAUCAUUUUGUGGAUUCCUCGUCGUUGAUAAUUAUUUAUUUCGUUGACCUCUUUUCAUUCUAUUACGAAUAUAAUAAACGUCGUUAACAAUGUAUUCGACGUUUAUUUAAUUGGGAAGAUUUAUAUUUAUAAACGAUUUUUCUUUUAUAUAUAUAUAUAAAACAACGCUCCAUUUUAAUCUAAUUUCACAGCAACCUCGACUGAGUUUCGUUUCGAAAUCUGAAAUAAGCAAGUAAUAACAAAAGAUUGGCCAUCUCUUUUUAGUUGUACAUAUUAGGCUAUUAUGAUUAUGUAUAUUAUUUUUAAAUUAUUCUCACUUUUAUCUCGUUGUACGUAGCUUUGCUCUUUUUUUUUUUCCUCUUUUAUAUAUAUAUAUAUAUAUAUAUAUAUAAGAAGUUGCUAGAAAGUAUUUAAUUUUUAGCGAAUCCUUGUAUAGGUCAGUGAAUAUUGAAAUAACAUAAUCUAUGUUUUCUAAAAAAAAAAAAAAAAAAAAAAAGGAAAAAAAGAUAAAUUUUAAAAGGA